AUGAUCAACGACAAUUUUUCGAACCGACCAUCUUCACUUUCCAUGAUUUACAAGAGCUGUGCGCGGUGAACAUCGAGUUAUAAACUGAGGCUUUUCAUGGUAGAUAGACCUAGGGGAGAGUGCUCCAAAACGAAAGAGAAAAUCUGCCAAGCGCCCUAGGGUACCGAGAAAAAGCUCGUCAAAGUUUUGCCGGCAGGUAUAUUUCCGCGCUCGAAGUGCUCGGUCAGCAACUGGGGGCGUGGUGAAGUGGCAGUGCUCUCGAAUGGCGCUGACGCUCUGCUAGGUUCGACUCCUUUUGACGUCAAACUUUUUUUUGCUCUUGUUUUUUCAAUUCUCCUACACUCUAUUAUCAAACAAGUAGGGAAUCUUUUUGCAUUCUUCCACCAGAGAAUCAUCAUGAUUCAGCAGAGGAUCUCUAAAGACUGAAAAAUUCUGUAGAUGUGUGAUUUUGCUCCUGAAAAAUCCGAAACCUCCGACCUCAUCGGGCUGAGAUCAAGCUGGAUCAAGAAUUUGGCUAGGAGCACUUCAAUCAGUACAAGAAGUGCAAGAUGAUCAACGACGGUUUCUGGAACCGACUAUAUUCAAUUAAUCCAUGAUUUAGUAGAGAGUCUUCUCGUUUGAAAAAAUCUGUAAAUGUUCAAAUUGUGCUCCGGAAAAACUCGAAAACUGCGACCUCAUCGGGCUGAGAUCAAACUGGAUAAAAUACCUUGUUAGAAGCCCAAAACUCGGCUACUACAAGAAAUGUGAGAUGAUCAACGACGACUUCAGCUUCCCAUGAUACAUAAGAGAACCUUUGUGCUUUUUUCCAGUAGAGAAUCACCAUGUUUCAGCAGAGGAUCUCUGAAGACUCAAUAAGUCUGUAAAUGGUCAAAUUGUGCUCCGGGAAAAUCCGAAACCUCCGACCUCAUCGGAUCAAAGUGAGCUGAAGAGUCCGAAAAGGGCGUCGGACUAUUCCGACUGGAAAAAGUGCACGGAUGAUGCUCUCGGGUGGAACGAUCUCGGCUGUUAUUUGUGUGUGUGUGUGUGUAUCGAGCGAGAGAGACACUGUUUGACCCUCGCCUACAAAUGCGCGACAACGACGCCGACGACGACGACGACGACCUACUCGAGUCACUUCGUCCCACCUGUUCGGGUCCUCGUUCUUCCACUCGCCGGCCGGCACCUCUCCCCUUUUGCACCUCUCUUUUGUCCACACAACCAGAUCGCAAUUACUAAAAUUAGUAACUAA